GCUGGGUCAAAAGGACCAGUUACUCUGGUUGGCGGGCCAGGAGCUCUCUCCCCCCACCUCGAGCCCCAGGGGCUGUGAAUGGUGAAAUCUCACCGGUGAGGCUGCAGUGGGCUCAGCAGAGACCUGUGAUAAGAUCCUGAGCGGUUAGGGCAGCUGCUUUGAGGUUGGGUGACUGGGAGACCACAGGAAGUGACUCUGUGCAGAGCUGAUGUGCCUUUCAUCCUGGCAUCCAUCCUGGGACCAGAGCUGCAGGCUGGUGAGGCAGGGGGCAUGUCUGUGGAGUUCAGGCAGCCAGAGGGGCUUCACGGUCAGUCCCCGGGGCCAGGUGGACACUCGAGGGCCACGGACACAGGUCCUCCAUCCAUGCCCACCCCUUGGAGCCUGCCCCGUUGGAGAGCUUAUGUGGCCGCUGCGGUGCUCUGCUACAUCAACCUCCUGAACUACAUGAACUGGUUCAUCAUUGCAGGAGUGCUGCUGGACGUACAGAAGUUUUUCCAUAUCAGUGACAGCAAUGCUGGUUUGCUGCAGACAGUCUUCAUCAGCUUCCUGCUGCUGUCCGCACCCGUGUUUGGCUACCUGGGCGACCGACACAGCCGCAAGGCCACGCUGAGCUUCGGUAUCCUGCUCUGGUCUGGAGCUGGCCUCUCCAGCUCCUUCAUCUCCCCCCGGUACUCCUGGCUCUUCUUCUUGUCCCGGGGGCUGGUGGGGACUGGCACAGCUAGCUACUCCACCAUCGCGCCCACUGUCCUGGGAGACCUCUUCGUGAGGGACCAGCGGACCUGUGUGCUGGCCAUAUUCUACAUCUUUAUCCCUGUUGGCAGUGGUCUGGGCUACGUGCUGGGGUCGGCUGUGACAGAGCUGACUGGGAACUGGCGUUGGGCCCUCCGAAUCAUGCCCUGCCUGGAAGCUGUGGCCUUGAUCCUGCUUAUCAUGCUGGUUCCAGACCCACCCCGAGGAGCUGCUGAGAAGCAGGGGGUCGCAACCAUGGGGGACCCACGGAGCAGCUGGUGUGAGGACGUCAGAUACUUGUGGAGAAACUGGAGUUUUGUGUGGUCGACGCUUGGGGUGACAGCCAUGGCCUUUGUGACUGGAGCUCUGGGCUUCUGGGCCCCCAAGUUUCUGUUCGAGGCCCGUGUGGUGCACGGGCUGCUCCUUCCCUGCUUUCGGGAGCCGUGCAACAGCCAGGACAGCCUGAUUUUCGGGGCACUGACUGUUGUCACUGGCAUUAUUGGGGUCAUCCUGGGAGCAGAGACUUCAAGGAGGUACAAGAAAGUCAACCCUCAGGCUGAGCCCCUCAUCUGUGCUGCCAGCUUGCUUGCUGCAGCCCCCUGCCUCUACCUGGCUCUCAUCCUGGCCCCGACCACCCUCCUGGCCUCCUAUGUGUUCCUGGCCCUUGGGGAGCUUCUCCUGUCCUGCAACUGGGCGGUGGUUGCUGACAUCCUGCUGUCGGUGGUGGUGCCCAGGUGCCGGGGGACAGCUGAGGCGCUUCAGAUCACAGUGGGCCACAUCCUGGGAGAUGCCGGCAGCCCCUACCUCACGGGACUUAUCUCCAGUGCCCUGCGGGCGGGGCGCCCCGACACUUACCUGCAGCGCUUCCUCAGCCUUCAGCAGAGCUUCCUGUGCUGCGUCUUCGUCAUCGCCCUGGGCGGCGGCUGCUUCCUGCUGACUGCGCUGUACCUGGAGAGAGACCAGGCCCAGGUCCAGCAGUCUGGCACAGGCAAGAUUGCAGAUCCUGGGGAGUGAACAUCAAGUCCAAGCCCACGUGAAGAGAAACGAACAAGAAACAAACAAAAGCAAUAAAUGACAGUAUGUUUGAGGUCAUAAGUGCUAUGAAAGGCAUAAGGCAGGAAAGUGGGGAGAGAGGAACAGGUGGGGGCAGGUUGCAGUUUUUGAAAGGGUGGUCAGAGAGGUCCUCACUGCAUAGGUGACCCUGGAGCAAAGAUUUGGAGGAGGGACUGAGUUGUGCAGCUGUCUGGGGGACAGUGCUCCUGGUGGAGGGAAGAGCUUGUGCAAAGGCCCUGGGGUAGGAAUGUACCUGCUUGUGUUUGAGGACCUGCAAGAAGGCCGCUGUGGCUGAAGCAGGAGCAAGGGGGGCCAGCGGCAGAGACGAGGGUGACCGUGAGAGGAACAGAGCAUGGGGGGACUGAAGGCUUCUGAAGGGACUGAGGCCUUAACACUGAGUGAGAUGGGAGCUGCUAUGGGGUUUCCAGGGCACAGGCCCCAGGAUGUUUGAUUGACGUCAUAAAAGCACCAUUGUGGUGCUGCUGUGUUGAGAUCAGACUGUGGUGGGGGUGGUCAGUGUUGAAGCGGGGAGGCCAAAGGGGGGUUCUGUAGCCAUGAGGGGAGAGCAGAGGGGCUGGGACCGUGGUGGUGGCAUUGAAGGUGGGGAGAACAGGUCAGAUCUGGAAUUUAUUUUGAAAACGGAAGCUGGAGGAUUUCAUGUUAGACUGUGCCCAAGCCUGGUCCCCAAGCACCUCUGCCUCCUUUGGGGCUGGCUGAGUGAUU